AUGUCACCCGAUCCUGUUAUCCCGCAUAGCUCUCCCUCUCAACCUCUGCCCCUGCCCCUGGCACACGCACCUCAACCUCCAUCACGACGCUGCGGCGAUAGUGACAUGGUAAGGCGGAUUUGCCUGGAACCCCCUACCUCAGAGCGAGAGGACACACCAUCGCUGUUCACUUACACUCUCCGCCCUCCUCACAACAACAACAAGUCGAGCAGCAAGGAUGCGGUCCGUGACUCGUCGACUGACAUCGAGUUCCUCCUGUCCUCGAUCGCCAUGAACGAGGAGCUCUCCCCGAGCGACAAAGAGGAAAAGAUGCAGAGGCUGGUGGAAGCAGGGGGGGACGCGGGCGAGGCUGAGAAGGAGGGCGAUGAACAACGCUUCCUGCUUCGCCGGCAUCGAAACUAUGUGAUCCAGCCGUACCUCCCAGGUCCAGCAUGCGACGGGUUUGCUGUCAAGGACUGCUCCUCCUCCUCUUCCUCCUCCUCUUCCUCCUACUGUCUAGAUGGAAUCGAUUUCUGCAGAACCACAGGGAGGAUCCUGAUCAGGAGAGGUGUUCUGAAGGAAAAGCAGCAUGUCAGGCUCCGAAUUGCUGCUCGUCAGGAGAAGAUGAUGAGGAUAGCGCGACUACAUCUCGAGGCCAUGGUGGAGAAGGAGGGACCGGAAAAGGAGGAGGAGGAGGAGGAAGGGGGAAGGGAGGAAAAGGAUGUGGAGUCGAGCAAGCAACACGUAUUCCUUGAGUACUGGUCAGACAUGCUGAUGCGGACUGCUGCUCCACGGGUGCUGACGCUGAACGUGCUCUACAGCGACGGGUCUCCUCCUCUCUCCUACAAGAUCUCGCCGACCUGCGACGCUGUGAAGAUCGACAGAGACAGAGGAGACGUGCUGGUCAAGGCCAAGGUUGUCAUCGAGGUCAGAGAAACGUCUGCGGUGGAGCAGGAGGGAGAUGAAGGGGAGGAGGCGGGGGAUGGAGGAUCCGGUCCCAUGCCUGUGGAAGUUGCAAGGUCCUCGUCAUGUGCUAGUGCAAGCAGCUCGGCCUCCUCCUGGUCGGUCAGCGAGGAGGGGGAGGAGGAAGGAUGUCAGAUCAUCGAGUUGAACAUGGACAGCGAGGAGGAUAGAGGAGAGAGUAGAGUCGGGCCGGUUGAGGACAAAAGGUUGACAGAUGUUGCAAAACCGCAGACAAGAGUUCGACACGGCCAGAAAGCUUCAUCGGCAGCAAAAGCGUCUCAUCACCAUGAAGAGAAGGAAAAGAUGAAUGUGGAGAAGGAGAAGGAGAAGGAGAAGGAGAAGGAGAAGGAGAAGAAAGAUCGGAGGGGGAAGGAGAAAAAGGAGAGGGAGAGGGAGAGGGAGGAGGAGAAUAACGCUAGUCAGUCCAAUCUCAAGAAGCUGCGGGUGGGGCAGCAAGAUGAGGGGAAGAAGAAACGAAAUCUGCAGCAGAGGCGAGGGGAUGGGACAGCAACGAAGGUUGCAGUGGGGGCGACGACAGAGGAGGGAGCCGGGGGAGCACGAAAAUGGCGGGGGACACAGAAGCAGCGGAGGAAGAAGCAGAAGCAAGAGGAGAGGAAGCACAUGAAGGACAAGAAGCACGACGAGGAGGAGGAGGAGGAGGAAGAGGAGGAGGAGAAAGAGGAGGAGGAGAAGGAGGACAAAGAGGAGGAGGAGGACAAAGAGGAGGAGGAGGACAAAGAAGAGGAGGAGGAGGAGGAUCUCGUUGCCUCCCCUCCUCCGGUACCAGCACUCUCCCUGAGGAGCGGGAGAUCUUUCCUGGGCUGCAAAGUGAAGGUGAAGGUCAAGGGGAAGGAGCGGGAAGGAGCAGUCACAGAGCAGGUAGGGGGACGAUGGCUCAUCAGGAUGCUGGACGGGUCCAGCGUAGAGGAAAACAUCCCCUCCUCGGGAAUGAGAAUCAUUUUGUCACCGGACGAGGAGGUGGCGAGGAGGCAGGAGGAGGACAUUGCAGUCCUGCUGAAGGGGAAGGAGGAGGAGAGGAGGAGGAGGAGGCUCGUGGGGAGUAGAGUGCGCAUACUAUACGAAGACUCCCAGUGGUUCUGCGGGUGGAUCCGAGGGUGCGGGGAGGACGGGACGUUCCUUUUCCUGAUGGACGACGGAGAUGAGGAGGAGGGCAAGUUCCCGUCUGAGGACAACGACAUCGAGAUCAUCCCUGGCUUCCACCUUCCUGCUCUCAGCGGGGCCUCAGGGCCAAAGGACGGGGAGGAGGCAGCAGUAGGAGCGAGCGAUGGACCGGUAGGGAGGUCGAGAGGGCGACCGCGAGGGCGGCCAAGAGGAAGUCGUCUGUUUGCUGGAUUUGAUCGUAAAGAACAAGAUCGGGGAGUGUAUCAGGAGAACUGA